AUGGUUAUUAUUUAUCAAAUCAAGGAUUACACAAUUUUUGUAGGUGUUGACCAGUUUGAAAAUGAAGAUCUUAUUAAGUACUCAGCAAAAUACAUGGAGAAUCUUGAAGACAAGUUAAUUUGGUUCCAUGCAGAUAAAUUUUCAAGUCCGCACGCUUACAUCAAGAUGCAUCCAGGCGACACUGAAAUCCCAAAGAAUUUAAUCGACAUUUGCUGCCAAAUUUGCAAAGAUGGUUCAAUUAAAGGCUGCAAAGAACCAGCAAUCGAUGUUGUUUAUUGUGAAGCCAAGAAUUUAUCAAAAGCUCACUGCAACAACCCAGGCCAAGUCACUUUCCACGACCCAUCCGCUUGCAAAUACGUCAAAGGCGUCAAAAAGAACAAUUUAAUCGUCAAUAUGCUUGCAAAGAUCAAAGGCGAAACAUCGCUUACCGAAAUGAACAAGGACCUUGAUGAUCUCAUUGUCAAUAGAAGAAAUGCAAAGAAGGCAGAGUUCAAGGCUCAAAAAGAAGCCGAAAUAAAGGAAAUCCAAGACAAGAAGCAGGCCAAGUACGAUAUGCUCCAGGGUAUGACACAGGCUGAUGGAAUCAUGGAUGAAGAUGACUUCAUGUAA